AUGCCGAAGUCAAUCUCCAUAUCAAAGGUCGACGGCAAGCCUGGGCAGGUCUACUAUCCGCUUUCUUUGGACGAAGUUCCAAAGCCUUCACCGAAGGGAAAAGAAGUCCUCAUCAAGAUCCAUGCUGCUUCCUUGAAUCACCGCGAUCUAUUCAUUCGCCAACAUUUGUAUCCGGGCACAGCGUUUGGUGUUCCUCUCCUGGCCGAUGGGUGCGGAACGGUGGUGGCUGUUGGCAGUGAAGCCAAUCCGAGCUGGAAAGGCAAGCGGGUUGUCGUGAAUCCCGGGACAGGCUGGAAGGACAGCCCUGAUGGACCCGAGGCCAAGGGCGGAUACCAAAUCUUGGGAGGAACAAAGACGAAUGCGAACGGCACCCUACAAGAAUACAUGUGCAUUGACGAAGGAGAACUCGAAGAGGCCCCUGAGCACCUCUCCUCGGUUGAAGCGGCUGCCUUCAUCCUCACCGGUCUGACCGCAUGGCGAGCGGUGAUGGUCAAAUGCGGCGAAAAGAACCUCAAGCCGGGCAAGAACAUCUUGAUUACAGGCAUCGGUGGUGGAGUGGCGUUGCUGGCCUUGGAGUAUGCCAAAGCUGCAGGGGCCAAUGUCUGGGUUACCAGCGGCAGCGAAGAAAAGAUCAGGAAGGCGGUCGCUCUGGGAGCGAAGGGUGGAAUCAACUACAAGCAAGAAGGCUGGGACAAGAAGCUACAGGGGAUGCUGCCGGCAGAGAACAAACAGUUGGACGCAAUUGUCGACGGUGCGGGUGGGGAUGUCGUUUCCGUUGGAGCCAGGCUGCUCAAGCCAGGUGGUGUGAUCGCUGUCUAUGGCAUGACAAUAGGUCCAAAGAUGCCUUUCCUCAUGCAAGCUGUCUUGAAGAACAUUGAGGUCAAGGGGUCAACCAUGGGAUCCCGCAAGGAAUUCAAAGACAUGGUAGACUUCAUCAAAGCCAAGAAGGUCAAGCCAGUGGUGUCGCGGGUCGUCCAAGGCUUUGACCUGGACGCUAUCAAUGGCUUGUUCGAGGACAUGAAGAAAGGGAGCCAAUUCGGCAAACUGGUGGUCGAGAUCUCCAAGGAAGGCGCCGAUAGCAAACUGUGA